AUUAAAUGCUAACUAAUAAUAAUAAUAAUCAGGGUUUGAAAAAAACCAGACAAACUUGAAAAAAACCGGGCCGGGUGGUUUUUUUCGGACUUUUUUGGGCUUUUUCAAUUUUUAAAAGCAUUUCUACUUCUAUCCAAUUUCUAUCCAACGGACCAACAGGUAAUGCAUAUGGGAAAAAAGAAUAAGAAUGGGGCCUGGAAUAAAGAAGAGAUAAAUGAUGCAAUGUUUGCUAUGCUCAAUAACAUCCUAGAGUGUUGAGUCUAAGACUUGGCUUCUUCAGUCUAAGGUGUUUUACUUUUACUAGACUCUGACUCUGAGUCUUGCCUAAAAUAAAAAAAAGUUGAUUAGAUAAGAAUGAAUGUAGUAAAUUUUUAAUUUAAUUAUAUUUAUUUUUAAUUUAAUAUUUAAUUUAAUUUAAUUAACAAUAAAAUUUGUUUUAUUUUUGUAUCUUUACAGAAAGAUAUCAAUAUAAGGUUCUGUACUUUAUUAUAUUUAAUAAAUAUAUAUAAAAUUAUUAAAAUAAAAAAUAAAAUAAAAAAGUUGAAUCAACUGAUUGAUGAAAACUUGUUUGAUACAAAUACAAGCGGAAGAUCUCAUAAAAAGGGUAAUUAAGUAUAUAUUUACUUAUUAAUUUAUUUAUUCAUUCAUGUAUUCAUUUGCUACCAUAGUACCAUUAAAUAAUCAGGCUAAUUAUUUUUUGUUUUUUUUAUUUAGACUUUUACCAGCCUAAGAAUAAAGUCAAUAUGCCAAAAGCUGAAGGAAGUGGAAGAAAGAUUUCUGAAGAAUGUAGACAUGUAACAAAAAUAGAUGUUUCAAGCAAAGUGAAGUGCAAAUACUGUGAAUGUGAAGUAAGUGGAAAAAUAACAAGAAUUAAGGCACAUUUGAAAAAGUGCUCAAGAAGUGAUUCUUCUACAUCCAUGGAUAAAUCAUUGAAUUAUGAAGAAUGAAAUGUAGAUUUUCAGGUUCCAUCAACAAGUUUAGCUUCACCAUCGAAUCCCAGUCCGACUACAUAUUCUAGAGUAACUACACCUUCCAAAGCUACGUAAUUAACACAAGGUAGUAAAAAAAGACGCUUGCAAACCACAAUGAAUGAGUUUUCAAUAAAAACUACAGCUGCUCAAAAAGAAAUUUUGGAUAUGAAAAUGGCCAGAUAUUUCUAUGCUAACAACAUUCCUUUCAACACCAGUAGCAGUAAGACGUUCAAAGAAAUGGUAGAAGCUCUGCGGCCUGGAUACAAGCCACCAAAUCCUGAGUCAUUAGGUGGUUCAUUACUGAACAAAGUUAGUGAAGAAGUAGAUACCAAGUUAAAGCUUGAACUGCAGCACAGUAACUGCUGCAUUACACUUCUACAGGAUGGUUGGUCAAACGUCCGAAAUGACCCAAUCCUUGCUUCGUCCAUACACACGGGUUCCAAGGCUUUUUUAUUGGAAGCGGUAGAUUGUGGCCAUGAAAAAAAGACGGUCGAAUUCUGUGCUGAGAAAGCAAUUCAGUCCAUCAAAAUGUCAGAAAAACAGAAAAGAGGUGUUUGCUCUUUGCACAGACAAUAAGAAUAAAAUGAAAAAAAUGAAGGAAAUUGUUCAACAAUCAUACCCCAACAUAUUGAUGUUUGGUUGCGCAGCUCAUUUAAUGAACUUAGUUGAGAAAGAUGUCACACCUCAGACAGUUUUGAAGCAUAUUGUAGAAGUGCAGAAGUACUUCAGGAAUGUACACCAACCUCAUGGAUGGCUGAAAGAGAAAAAGGACCUCAUGCCACAGUUACCCAAUGAAAGUCGUUGGAAUUCACAAGCCGAGUGUGUGAGAACAUUUACUUCAAAUUAUCACCUUUAUCUCGAAAUUCAAACAGAACAUACAGAACAUUUUAAUGACAGCAUCAAGAAAAUAUUGGAUCACAUCAGCAUAUUCAGGGAGGCGACGCAACUUAUAAAACAACUGGAUGCUGUUGCAGCAGCUUUAAAUAAGCUGCAGGCAGAUACAACAAAGUUGUCUGAUUGCGUGGAUAUAUGGCUGGAUAUAAUUGAAAACCCUGAUUUGGAGAACUAUGGUCAGUUUUUUAGAAAACGCUUCUUAGAAACUAUGCAGCCAUUUCAUUAUUUAGCCUACAUGCUAGAUCCAAGGAAAAAAAGCAGGCUAAUGAGAAAUAACAAAGAUAGCUUAACAAAACAUAUAAGGUAUUUGUUCUGAAAUGUUUCUAGUAAAUAUAUUUUUUGGACAAUUUAAGGCUAGUCUUGUUAAUAACAUUUGGUCCAAGACAAGAAAUCGUUUGGGCACAGAGAAAGUGGCAAAUCUUGCCAAAGUGUAUCGCCACUUGCGAGAAGCAAAUGAUGAUCGACUGUUAUAAGUAUUGUUUAUCAGUUGUUCAGUAGUUUAGUAGUGCAUUAAAUUUAAUCAAAUCAAUUGCGUAAUUAUUUUCCAAUUUAUAUGGUAUUUUAAAACAAAUUCAACAAAAUUUGAAAAAGACCACUUGUGAAAAAAUCCAUUGUUUUUUUUCGGGUGAAACCGUCCGAAAAAAACCGCUGUUUUUUUUUGGCCCGGGCCCACUUCCCGGAACCCUGAUAAUAAUAACAACAAUAAUAAUAAUAAUAAUAAGCAAUAGAAAAACUAACGUUUUAUUCAAAUUAAAAACAAGACAGUUAAAAUAAAAAUGGAAA